GUUUGGCUUGAGCAACAAGUUUGAUACAGAAUUUCCUUCUGUUCUGACAGGGAAGGUUGCCCCAGAAGAAUUCAAGACCAGCAUCAGCCGCGUGAAUGCCUGUUUAAGGAAAAACCUCCCCGUCAAUGUGAAAUGGCUGCUUUGUGGCUGUCUGUGCUGCUGCUGCACACUGGGCUGUAGCCUGUGGCCUGUUGUCUGUCUUAACAAAAGAACUAGAAGAUCAAUUCAGAAGUUAUUAGAAUGGGAAAAUAACAGACUAUAUCAUAAGCUCGGUUUGCACUGGAAGCUGAGUAAAAGGAAAUGUGAAACUAGCAAUAUGAUGGAGUAUGUAAUAUUAAUAGAGUUCUUACCAAAAUAUCCCAUAUUUCGACCUGACUGAGGAACAGCAUUUGGUCUUUCGUGUUACCUGUAAUUUUCUACCCUUAGUGCCUUGUAGAUGAUUUUGGAAAGAAGAUGGUCUACUUUGCUGUGACUUAAAACCGUUCUUCAGUAGAAUAUCUUCCUUGCUCUGUUACUUUCUUUUAAGAAGAGAACAAUUUGCACAUUUUUUUUUAUGUUAAAUGAGGCUUCUAUGUUGCACUCUGAAUUUUUAACAUUAACUGGUAUAGUUGCCACUAGGGAUCUAACAUCAGUGCUGCUUAAACUUGUUCUGAGCAUGCUGCCUUACUCAUUUCUAUAUUUGUUGUCCUCAAACAUGCAUCCUAAUGCCAUGUCAUACUGUAUUUCAUUCUAAACGUCACAAUGCUAUAAACCCUCAGUAGAAAUGUCCAGGUAAGCGUCUAGUAGUAAUGAUUUUAGUAAAACGUGCUUGCAUAGGACUUGCAAUCAACAGCACUGGUUUUGUCCUGCACUUUGCAAAAUCAUCAUUUACAUUUGGGGGUUAAUUAUUUUACCCACUAUGGACUUGUAAAUAUUGACUCUUUGCAUAAUGUAAAGCAUGGUAUGCCAAGGUUUACAGACUGUAAUAUAGCUCUUAUUCUAUUGCCAACAGUCCAACAUCGGUUUAUUCAUGACGUUUGCUAGUAUCCCUCUGAUUGUAUACACCCAUUCACAUGCUGUUUUUAUGGUAAAGCCAUAAUGAGUUUGUACAUACUAUCAGAUGUGUAGGGCUCAGUUGCACUUUGUUUAGUAAAUGGAUGAAAAAUGCAUAGCAUUUCUGUCUUUUUUUUAAAAAGUAUUUCAGGUGGUGGUUGGAGCACCUGAAAUAGGAAGCUUAAAUACUGCUUACUUUUGAAAAAGUUGCAUUUGUGGCUUGGAUGGCGGCUGCUAUUACAAAAUAUCCUAAAGCCUCUUUUUGAAUUAGAAAUACAUGCGUGUCAAGUUUUGUUUUGUUUUUUUAAGUAUGGAAAAAAUGUUUCGUAAUUGGAGACCUUCAUUACUAAGGAGAAAAAUUUGGAACAGCCAAACCAAAGCUGAAGUGACACUUCAGUUAUUUUUGUGGUGUGAUAGUCCUUCAACAUUUUAACAGUAAAGUGACACGGCAUCCUUUCUGGUGGUAAAAAAUUCUAUCUAAAUCAGAGUAGUGUUUUAAAAUAUGGUGAUGGGAGGAAAUGGAUCAGUUGAAAGGGUUCACACAUAUGUUUUGGCAUUCAGGCACAGUCUGAAGAGCCACAGAUGUCUCAUGGA